GUACGCUGACUUGAAGAAAGAGAACGGCAUACUCAACGAUCUAUCUAUCUAUCGAUUUAGCGAACGUUGAAAUUGAACAGUCUCUGUCUAUCAGCUGAUAACGACAUGAGAACAUAGCUCUCAGUGGAGCGCCAGUGCUGCGCAGUGUGUGAUCCUGAGGUCUCACAGCAAGUGGCUUUUGCUGUACGAGCAGUCUCUAUUUCAUUUUAAGGAAAAGUGUUGAUCCCAAGGACAUUCCUUUCUAUUAGCAGAGGACCAAUACUGAAAGCAAGCAUGAGUGCGGCACGAGAUUACAUAGUCGUUCUGAUGGUUCUCUUUGCAAUGAUGACUGACAUAGGCGCUAAAGGCUCCUAUUCUGAGGAUGGGACGUCCGUCACACAGAAGGGACAGUCUGAGAGUGGUGGCCCCAGCCUGGACCCCACCAAACGGGACACAGGCAGAGAGGUCCCCCUGGUGACAACCGCCCCGACCCUGAAUGUCCCCAACCACCACCCUCUCUACAAGGGCUUCCUCUUACAGGAGUCCCUCCAAAGACAGGGACAUUUCUUUGAGGACAGUGGGGGUGUGGAGACCCACCCCGCUAUGCCACCCUCAGGUCCCCACUUUGCCAGAGACCCCUCCUCCACUCACACGGUGCCACACAAGGACGCGCUAAUUUUCUCCGAUGUUGCCUCAACCACUACCACUGUGGCAACAGCCACGUCACCGUUGGCAACAAAGGGCAGUGUUACUCCAGAGAGGCGUGUGUCUGUGAAUCAGAGAGUAGCGUUGACCAAUGGCAGGGGAGGGAGGACAGAGGAGGAAGCUGUUGCCAUGGAUACCCUGACCACUCCUGUCAUGCACACCUCCGCUCCCUCUCCCCUCUCAAACACCCCCAACCUGGCUGCUCCUAUGGGUGAUAGGUACACUGAGGUCCCCACUGCAUCCACCAUGACUCCCCCAGCCUUGACCACUUUGGUGGAGAAGGUUGCAUGGAAGUCAGAAGAACACAACAUGAGCCACGCCAGUGAAGGGAUAGAGAUUGGGACAUCAGCAGUAUCUGGUGCUGUGGAUGAGGAGACCACUAUAACCACAACCACCAUCAUCACCACCAUGCACCACCCAGCUCCCUGCAUCUUCAACUUGACAUCACCAGAGGGCUACAUAGAGACGCCCCAGCCGUCCAGCUCUCAUUACUACUCCUCUGUGGACUGCACCUACACCGUCACGGUCUACACGGGCUAUGGAGUAGAGAUACAGGUGAUGAACGUGAGCCUGUGGGAGGGGGAGCGGGUGACGUUUGAGGACCUGGGGGGCGGGGAGCCCUCUGUUCUGGCCAAUGAGUCUAUACUGUUGAAGGGCCUGGUGGUACGCAGCUGGAGCAACCACAUAACCAUCCAAUUCCACAGCCAGAGACAGACCCAGCCUGGGUCCUUCCUGCUCAGAUACCAAGCCUUUGUGUUGAGCUGUACCUUUCCCCAGCAGCCGGUCUGUGGGGAUGUGUCUGUGAGCAGCCUCCACUCUGGUGGAGAGGCCUACUUCUACUGUCUGACUGGAUACCAGCUGCAGGGAACCAACACACUGACCUGCCUCAACGCCAGCACCCCCUACUGGAGCGGCACGGAGCCGCAGUGCCACGCUGCCUGUGGUGGCAUUGUCCGGAAUGCCACGGUCAGCCGCAUUGUGUCGCCCGGUUUCCCUGGCAACUACAGCAACAACCUGACGUGCCAUUGGCUUCUGGAGGCCCCAGAGGGACAGCGUGUGCAUGUCCACUUUGAGAAGGUGGCCCUGGCAGAGGACGAUGACAGGCUUCUGAUCAAAAAUGGGAACAACAUUGAUUCUCCUCCGCUGUAUGACUCAUAUGAGGUGGAGUACCUGCCCAACGAGGGCCUGGUGAGCACCUCCAGAUCCCUCUUCAUAGAGCUCACCACUGACGGUGCAGGCACCUCCACCGGCAUCGCCAUCAGAUACCAAGCGUUUGCAGUGGGCCACUGCUAUGAGACGUUUGUCAAGUACGGUAACUUCACCAGUAAUGACAGCACGUGGGCAGUGGGGACGGUGGUAGAGUUCACCUGUGACCCUGGCUACACCCUGGAGCAGGGCUCUGUCAUCAUUGAGUGCAUGGACCACAACAACCCCCAGUGGAACGAGACUGAGCCCGCCUGCAGAGCUGUUUGCAGUGGAGAGAUGACUGACUCUGCUGGAGUGAUCCUGUCUCCUAACUGGCCGGAGGCCUACGAUAGCGGACAGGACUGCAUCUGGGGGAUUCACGUGGAGGAAGACAGGAGGAUCAUGCUAGACAUCCAAGUCCUCAAUAUAGGGAAGAACGACCUGCUGACAUUCUAUGAUGGUGAUGACCUGACUGCUACGGUGCUGGGCCAGUACGGUGGCUCACGGCCACACUUCAAAAUCUACACCUCCAUGGCCGACGUCACCAUCCAGUUCCAGUCUGACCCGGCAACCAACAUCUACGGCUACGGCAACGGCUUUGUGGUGCACUUCUUUGAGGUACCUCGUAACGACACGUGUCCGGAGCUCCCAGAGAUCACCAACGGAUGGAAGAGCACCUCCCAUCCUGAGCUGGUCCAUGGCACAGUGGUCACCUACCAGUGCUACCCAGGCUUCCAGCUGGUGGGCACAGAGCUGCUCAUGUGCCAGUGGGACCUGACCUGGAGCGGAGACCUGCCCAGCUGUGAGAGAGUGCUGUUGUGUGCCGACCCAGGUACUGUGGAGCACAGUCGCAGGGUGAUGUCCGGCCUGCGUUUCACUGUAAGCUCCACAGUCCAGUACAUCUGCAACAAGGGCUACACCCUCUCUGGAAACAGCCUGCUCUCCUGCUACAACCACGGCUCCUCCGGACCUAAGUGGAGUGAGAGGCUACCCAAAUGUGUCUCAGUAAACUAUGAGCCUUGCAGGAACCCUGGCAUCCCAUCAUACAGCACCCAGAUCUCAGAGAAGCCUCUCUAUCAGGCCGGGGAGACGCUGCGCUUCUCCUGCCUCAGAGGCCAUGAGUUGCUAGGGGAGCCUGUCCUCCGCUGUGUCCCUGGACACCCUUCACAGUGGAGCAGCCUGCCCCCUGUCUGUAGAGCCUCCUCAAUGGAGUUUAUAAAUGAACGCAGGUUAGACACUGCCAGUGCAGACUACAGCAUGGAGGGAGCCAACAUAGCUCUAACAGUCUUUAUACCAGUGGCCCUCAUCAUGGUCUUCAUCAUCGGAAUCUACCUUUACUUCUUUAAGGUUCAGGGGAAGCCUAUGUGUCUUCCCAUGUCCACCUCCUUACCAUAUGACCACAUCCCAGGAGAGUCCACCUUCGACAACUCCCUCUACGAAACAGAGACUACGAACAACGAGGUGAGACCAAGCUACAACCUGCUUAUUAAGACUCCAGUGUGUCUGUCAGUCAGUCUUCAUCAAUUCCACACUGAUUCUGCAGCCUGA